AUGCCUGUGAAAACAAGACAUGCUCAGAGAAGACAUAGUGUGAGACGUUCAUUUCGUACACGCCCAUCGGUUCAAAUACCUGUUGUUCUAGUGGAUCACUCUAAUGUGAAGUUGUUUUACGAAGACUCCUGGGAUGAUGACUUUGCGCUGAGAUCUCCUGUACCACGAAGAACACGAAAACAGAAAACGUUUCCAGAAAAGAUUGCUAACAUCGUGGAGGAGGACGAAAAUGAAGAGAAUAAUGAAGCUGGUGAUCAUGGUAGUGGUGGGAAUGAUGAAAACUUACCACCUGGCCCCGAUUUAGAUCACUAUCUGUCUGCCAUUGAGAAGAUGAAUGCGGAGUUUGAUGAAGCAGAAGAAUAUUCACUGUACAUAGAAAACGAGGAUGGUGUCCGUUUGAAACCAGUUGGGAAUAAGCUAGUGGAAUAUGAUAAGUAUGAUGGGCCAAAAUCAACAGCUCACUUGCUUCCGCAGAAGAUCACUACUCCUCUCAGUCCAAAUCUAGCUCAGCUGGAGACAGAACGGCACCAAUUUCGAAAAGCCGUAUGGUCCUAUCUGCGCGGUUGCACUCCGAGAAAGCAUAGAAGCUCACUUCGUCUGUCUACAUAUCCCGAUGGAGUCGCAAAUAAUGGCGGAUUUAGAAGAACGACGUUUGGACCAUCAAUUGCAACUGAACCGAUUGAGGAAACUCCUGAGAGUGAAACAACGACUUCAACAGAGAAUGCGAAUCAUCAGGAGAAAAAGAAUGACAGUUUAGUGGCAGAUCUUGCUGUUACACCGAAGAGCCGACUAACAGCUACUGGCAGCAGGAGGCAGAAGCCUCUACUCUCAGCUUCUCACAUAAGCGCUGGUGAUGGGCAAACCAUAUCUCGCCAUUCUGCCGGUGACUUAUCUCUUUCUUCAUUUUCUGAGAUGGAACCACCCGCAGAAACAAGUACUCCCAUGCAGAAGUGCGCACCACAAGCUCAUUCAACACCGUUUGAAACAGACCAAGCGAAACCAUUCGGACUCUUGCUGGAGAAUAGCAUUGACUUCCACUCUCCACGAUGGGCCAAUGUUACGGGAAGGAGUAAAGCACGCACUUCGUCAAGAAAUUCUCGAUGCACGCCUACAUCACCGCAACUUGACGAUAGCUUCGAGGACGUUGAAUCCUUUGUUAUACCUGAGAUUCCGAGCGGAUCCAAAAGUGACAAUAUCACUCCGGAAGAGUCAGUAGACGAUAUAAGUAAUGAGAACAAUGAAGAGGAAAACUUGGCCGCUUUCCUUCAAAAGUCUAUGGAAUUGUCGUCUUCCACUUCGGAACGAGACAUGUCCUGCGAGACAUUAGCUACGCUAGCGGAGGAUGUUCCUUUCCAAAUAACACGAAACACGCUGAAUCUAACACGCAAUGUUAGUCAAAUGACUACGAACAAUGCAAAUAGGAAUAUAUCACGCCUCACCAACGCAUCAUUCAUAGACAUUCCCUUUUAUUUGGCUGGAUUUUCUGAUGCAGCCACAGCAACGCCUCUGGCGCAGCUUUUGUACGUGAUAGGGCAGGAAGAUGUUAUUGAUUGGAUGGAAUUACCUCAAGAUGUCUUCGCAUGUCCAAAGAAGCUUGGUGAAGGUGUCUACGGCGAAGUGUUUGCUACCACAUACAAAGGAAAUCCAACUGCUCUUAAGGUUAUUCCUUUCCAUGGUGAUAAAGUGGUCUACAGUGGUAAAGUAAAUGGAGAGUAUUUGUUGGACGCUGCCGGUAUUUUACCGGAGAUUUUGAUAAAUCGUGAGCUCUCUGCGUUGUCCGACUCUUCGGCAGACUUUAGCACGCCGAAUUUCAUACAGCUGUUGCAAACAAAUGUAGUCAGAGGUGUAUAUCCCGAUUCGUUUCUUGUUGCGUGGGACGAAUACGAUGAUGCGAAAGAAUCUGAGAAUGACAGACCUACGGAAUAUGCCAGUAAGGAGCAGUUGUUCCUGACAAUGGGGAUGGCAUUAGGUGGUGUCGACUUGGAACACUACCAGAUGAAAAACGAGGACCAAGCACUCUCUGCUUUGUUGCAAAUCACGAUCUCAUUGAUAGUGGCAGAGGAAAGGCUCGAAUUUGAACACCGCGAUUUGCACAUUGGCAACGUGCUCGUCUUAGAGAACGACAGAGACUUAGAAUAUAGAUUUUCUGGAGGAACCAUGAUUCUGCGCUCCUACGGCAUAAAAGUGAAUCUAAUUGAUUUCACACUGAGUAGAAUGAGGAAAGAGGAAACAACGAUAUUUCGAGAUCUCGAAUCUGACGAGGAGCUUUUUGCCGGUACUGGUGAUUACCAAUUCGAUAUCUAUAGGAUGAUGCGGCAUGAGAAUCAAGGCGACUGGUUGACUUUCACACCGAAAACGAACUGUUUCUGGCUCCAUUAUUUGUCGAAACAGCUUAUCAGUAAGCGAAAAUGCAAAAAAGCCAUCCCCAAGAAAAGACGACAAACGCUGCAAGAAAUGUGGGACCAGUUAUUGAAUUUCGACACGUUACGUGAUGUUUUCACCAACGAUGAUUUUUACGAUGUACUUCAACGGCAUUUAAUAAUCAAAUCCCGCCCUAACGAAUAA